UCUGCACGGCCAGUACGACAGCGAAUUUCGCAUUCAGAGCAAGCAGGUCGGUCGCUGCAUUUCGGUUCUCGACCUUGCAGCCAUUUAUUUUCACUUGCUUGCGCAAGGGUGUGCUUGCGGGUGCUUUCCUCGGCCCCCCGGGGGAGCGGACUCGUCCAGCCCGCCCUAGCUCGCGUGAUUCACCCCUGGGCUGCCCAAUUUUGAUCCUGGGUGAGGCUGAUCUCACAUGCAUGGAGUUCCAGUUGGACAGCGGAGAGUAUUGCCAAGCGCAGCACAAAUAAAGCAGUCCCGAGAGCUCACCGAAAACAAAAACUACACAAAAUACCACCGUGCAGUGUGUCACUUCUGUCGGAGGAAGAACUCUAAUCAGUGCCAUAACGCGAAUUGAAUUAUUCUCCGUGUGUUCCUGCUUUGACCAACUGUCACUAGUUCGUGGACGCGAUUGUCUUCUCCUGUAGCAAUUAUUUUCAUAUAAAUGGGGUGAAUCUAUUUUGGUACGCAAACAGCCAAAUCGCCUAUGCUUAGAAGUGCCGACUGUUGCAGCCGUAGUCUUCGAAGAGGAUUUUUGUAAAAAAUCAACCGAGACCAAGAGAAGGACCGAAUUGUGAGGGAAGCAUAUCAGCUGACUCGUUGCAGAAGGGAGACGGAGAACAAGUUUGGCCCGCCGACUGCUAUGCAAAAUCACAGCAACAUGAGACACUCGGUCAAGCCCACUGUUUCUGAGAUAGAAUACAAAAACAUGAGAUUCCUGAUCACCGAUCGGCCCUCGGACCAAAACAUUCAAUCGUACAUUAAGGAGCUGAAAAAUCACAACGUCAAGGAUGUCGUCCGCGUGUGCGAGCCGACCUACAAGGUCGACGAACUUAAGCAGGAGGGAAUCAACGUGCUCGACCUCGAGUACGAGGACGGAACGCCGCCUCCCCAAGAGGUGGUGAGCGAGUGGUUCAAGUUGCUGAAGACUCGGUUCAGGGAGACGCCUGGCUCGUGCGUGGCCGUUCACUGCGUGGCAGGACUGGGCAGGGCGCCCGUACUGGUGGCGGUGGCGCUCAUUGAGCUCGGCCUCGACUACGAAGACGCCGUCGAGCUAAUCAGAAAGAAACGUCGAGGUGCCAUCAACUCUAGACAGCUAGGCUAUCUCGAAAAAUACCGUCCUCGCUCCAGACUCCGACUAAAAAACGGUUUCAUGAAUUCCUGCUGCCUACAAUAAGAAGUUCUUCUCCGCCUGGAAAAAUUUCUGCCGACCGGACCGAGACGGGAGGAAGCGGACGAUGCCUAUUUGACAGUCGACCCUUCCACCCGCUAUCAGAUGUAUAUUCACACAAUUGCGUAAAAAAGUUAUCCCCCACGUAAACAUGUAUCGAAGAAGAAAGGAAGAAAAGUUUCAAUUGGCUUGUUUUUCGUGAAAUGUGCGACGUCGUUUCAAAUCGCCAGUGCACCGAGUGACUCGUUGGAUUUUCCAGCCGACCGUCAGCACAGCAAAGAAAAUCUGGAAAGCAAAGGAAAGAAACAGCGCAGACGUCCGAGUUCCGACAGUGCUCAAGCAAUUGUUUGUCAUUGCUGCUCCUCUCAGUCUUACUUUUAUUUUUAUCGUCAUACUCUAUAAUUUGCCGCGCCGCUUCAUCAUUUCCGACUGACGACUGUUGUAAACCACAUUGCCGACGCAAUUUUGUACUUUUCGAAUCGUAUCUGUAAACAAGUACCGCUACACUCAGACAGGUGCGCGCAUGACCUUUUGUGAUGGGUAAAUUCGGCCGUUUUUGUUUCUCGGAGACGGAUUCGCGAGGCUAGAGAGCAAUAUCGUGCCACGUACAUUGUCGGCGUUGGCACACACGCUUUCUCCCAAGAAGUGCUGCUGGUAAUAUUCUAAAAUCGUUCGUUCAUUAUGCUCGUAUAGCUGUAUAGUAGUGUGAAAUGGCCCGCGCGCGCGGGCACAAUUGUUUAUAAUUUUUAAUUCUUAAAAAGGUCCUGCUCGGAGUACCUUGGUUACCCACUUUGAUAUUAAAUUACUACCGUCGCAAGGCCGUUCGUUUUCUGAAACCUCAAGAUCAGACUUGUUGUUCGAGAAGAGUGCUAGCACUGCAGUUUUUAUCUCGUAGUAUUUUGUUACAGUGCAAGAAGAAGGAAGGAAAGCAAGAAGGCGUGUUCACGCGCGAGUUGCAAAAUGAUGGAACUUUUCGUUUAAAAGUCCGGAAAGAAUUGAUCGUUUGUUUGCCUAGUCCGCCGCAUAAUUUCUACUUCAAUUGCCAAAAAUACGAAAGUAAGGCACGUCAUCUGAGAAAAAUUGUGUUUAUUUUACAUCCACGAAUCUAAUAUGACACAUAAUACAUAUAAAUGGGAACCAGGCUGGCAAAUAAAAUGUCUGUUUGACGAAA